AUGAAGCUCAACUUUAGAGAUCUCAAGCAACAGAAGUUCACGAUCGAUGCUGAACCCACCGACACUGUACUUCAGGUGAAAGAGAAGAUUGCAACAGAGAAGGGAUGGGAAGCAUCUUCACAGAAGCUCAUAUAUUCAGGCAAAAUCCUUACAGACACUAACACCGUCGAGUCCUACAAGAUCGAAGAGAAGGGCUUUAUAGUAUGCAUGAUCUCCAAGCCGAAAGCAGCGCCUGCGGCCAAGCCAGCGCCGCCUGCUACACCACAAGCUGCUGCAUCGACCCCAGCACAGCCUGCCACUCCCCAACAACAGAGUACAGCUCCAGUCACCAACAACCCUCCAGCGACGCCAUCUCCUGCACAAGUGCCUGCUUCAGGUGGCACCGGCCUUGGUGGUGAAUCAGUCAUGCUCGUAGGCAAUAGAGGCGAGUCUGCAAUCUCUGAGAUGGAGGCAAUGGGCUUUGCCAGAGCAGACGCUGAGGCAGCACUGAGGGCAGCCUACUACAACCCCGAUCGUGCGAUUGAAUACCUUUUGAACGGCAUCCCGGAGCAUAUCCAAAGAGAGCAAGAACAACGGCAGCAGCAAGCGCAAGCCCAGACCCAGGCUGCACAACAAGGAACUACCUCACCCCCAGCCACAAGUACAGGAGCUGCUGCAACGCAAGCGCCUGCUGCUGAGGCUCAACCCUCUGAGGAAGUCAAUCUUUUUGACGCUGCUGCACAAGCGGCGCAAGGUCAAGGAGCAAGAGGUGGUGCUAGAGCCGGUGCUGGAGCUGGUGCCGGCCUGGGUGCAGGUCUAGGCGCCGGAGCUGGUGCUGGUGCGGCUGCAGGAGCUGGUCAGGGUAACCAAGUCAACAUGGACUUCCUGCGCAACUCAGAACAUUUCCAACAACUGAGACAACUUGUUCAGCAGCAGCCUGCCAUGCUUGAACCGAUAUUGCAACAGGUAGCCGAGGGCAACCCGCAACUUGCGCAGAUAAUCAGCCAGAACUCUGAGGCUUUCCUGCAAUUACUCUCAGAAGAUAUCAAUCUAGGAGAAGGUGGUGAAGGGGGUCCUGGCCAAGGCAUCAUCAACGUCACACAAGAGGAAUCGGAUGCCAUUGAUAGGUUGUGCGGCUUAGGAUUUCCAAGACAACGAGUGAUACAAGCCUACUUCGCUUGCGACAAGAAUGAGGAGCUUGCGGCGAACUUUUUAUUCGAGCAGCCAGAGGACGACGAUUGA